AUGGAUAACAGCUCUGAACGCGUUCCCUCGAAUGACCCGCCCGCACAGAAUGACAACAAUGUUGGAAACGGCAAUGACAACGACGAUAAUGUCGACAGCAGCAACGAUGUCGGCAACGACAACGAUGUCGUCAACGGCAACGACAAUGAUGUGGUCAACGACAACGAUAUUGUCAACGACAACGAUGUCGUCAAUGACAACGAUAUUGCCAACGACAACGAUGUCGGCAAUGACCACACCGCCGGAACCACUGGCAUUGUGCCUUCUCCAAGUCAUAAACCUGCUACGCCUUCUUUAAGUUCAAAAAGCAUCACAAAAUCACUAGAGUCUACUAUUCCUAUCUGUGAUAUGAAAAUUUAUGAAAAUCGUCUGAAGUCAUUUAAAAAAUGGCCAUCAGAAUGUAUUACACCUGAUAAAUUGGCUAGGGCUGGCUUUUAUUAUAUAGGAAUACAAGAUAAAGUGAGAUGUUUAUACUGCCCAAAUGGAUUUGAAUGCUGGGGAAAGGAUGACGAUCCGUAUAUUGAACAUAAAUUGGCAUCUCCAGAGUGUCCAUUUUUCAAGGAAAAACUAGAUCACAAAUCUGAUGUUUUGACAACAUAUAUUCAAAAUUUCUUACGUUCCGUUGGUAUUGUGACAGAUACGAAUAUGAAAGUUUUCCCAAUGUAUAAAGCAUUAACCUCUUUGGAAUCUCGUAAGAAAACAUUCGAAACAUUCACAAAAAGACUAACCCAUGAUGUUAAAACUUUUUGUAAAGCUGGGCUAUUUUACAUGGGUAAAAACGAUAGGAUGUUAUGUUUCUGCUGUAACCAAGGUUUGAUGGAUUGGGAAGUUGACGAUGAUCCUUGGGUUGAACAUGCACGGUGGUCACCACUUUGCAGUUAUGUUCUUUUAAGUAAAGGCAAACGUUUUGUGGAAGAGGUUGGUGGUGAAUUAGACUAUAGUUUACGAAUCAACAUAGAGGAAUUGAAUAAGUUAUUUACCAUUCACAGACAUAUUGCAGUUGACAGCAAUACAUUGAGGAAUUUGGAAACAUUAACCGAAAGUAAUACGUUCAUGGACUUUGUGGAACCUGUGACAAUUAUACGCGUAACUCCACAAGAUCCAUCUGCGCCUGAUUCUGUGCUGUGUAAAAUUUGCUUUAAAGAAAAAUUGGAAGUACUUUUCAUGCCUUGUGGUCAUGUUAUUGCUUGUAUCCAAUGUGCAGUGACACUUGAUCUGUGUGCUUUAUGCAGACAGCCGUUUACUAUGACUAUGAGAGUUGGCCUUUAUGUUACCAAUCUAAAAGAAUUCAGUAAUUUUCCAUUCACCAUCCAUUCAAAUGAACUAAUUGAUCCAGUUCUUUGUAAGGUUUGUUGCAAAGAAGAAAUGCAAGCUUUAUUUUUACCAUGUAGACACAUAUCUACUUGUUAUAAAUGCGCACCAAAAGUAAAUCAAUGUCUGGUAUGUUUUGAGCCAGUAUAUGCAUAUAUGCAAGUGUUCUUAUAG